GGCACAGGUAUAUCUCCGUGCCCAGGGUCACAGGCAAUCCGCUCCCGCCAUAUCCACUGAUGCCCCCAAAACCGUAUCUUCAUCUCCAAAUUCCGCCCCUUUUGAACUUUUCCCAGCGUCCACAGAUCCCUGCCGUUGCCUAAAGAAGAUGAUUCUAAGCCGCAGGAUCAAAACCCUCAGCCCCUUCCUCAUCUCCGUCUCCCCUUCCAUUCCGUUAUCUCGCCGUUACCGACCAUUUUCUUCUUCUUUCGUCAAUCCUUCCCGUCUGCCGUUUCCUCCGUCAUCUUCUUUCCCUCCAGCUUCUAGAAACAUCGCGACGGACCAGAUGCCCCCUCCGUCGAGCGAUUCUUCAGUGACUCAGAGCAGCAGACCGCCGACCGAGCCGAUUCCGCCAGAGGGCUGCGACUACGAGCACUGGCUCGUUGUCAUGGAGCCGCCCAAGGGCUUCCCUCUUAGAGACGAAAUCGUCCAAGGAUUCGUCGAAACCCUAGCUAUGGUCUUGGGGAGCAAGGAGGAAGCAAAAAGAUCGAUGUACUCAGUUUCCACAAAGUACUACUACGCAUUUGGGUGCAAGGUCUCACAGGAAUUAUCUUACAAGAUCAAAUCUUUGCCGAAUGUUCGGUGGGUUCUACCUGAUUCUUAUUUACAUGGCGAGGAUAAGGAUUAUGGAGGAGAGCCAUUUGUUGAUGGAAAGGCUGUUCCAUAUGAAGAGAAGUACCACACAGAUUGGCUCCGGGAUCAAAAUGUUGCUGAGAAUAGGGUAAGCCACAAUCGCAGGCGCAGGACCCGAGGUAGGUCAAGAACCCUUAGGAGGUAAGCGGAUCAGGGCGGGCCAUAAAGUUCAGAGGCUCUUCCAUCUUCCGUUCUAUUGUGUUCCAGCAUGAACUCUCAGGUAGUCUAUCCGUACUGUCUAUUUUAUUAGUGUCUUAGUGUCGAUCACAACUCUCCAUAUCAAUUUUUGUGGCCUCAGCAUAUCCAGGUUUUGCAAAAAAAGAAGAAGAAGAAGAAGAAGAAGUUUUUUUACUCUUGUUGUAAGUGCUUUAGGCAGAAAAGCGUUGUGGUCUACCAUUUUUCUCCUGAAAUAGUAAGCAAUGAAAAUUAUCUAAUGCAAAAGAACUAUCCGAGUUUUCUAUCAAGCA